AGACUGAAGGAGCUGAAACAGAGGGAAUUUGCUCGAAACGUAGCGUCUAAGUCACGGAAAGAUGAAAGGAAACAGGAGAAAGCCCUUCAACGUUUGCACAAGCUAGCUGAGCUAAGGAAAGAGAGAACGUGUGCUCCUGGGAGCGGCCCUAUGUUCAAAUCUACGACAGUGACUGUGCAAGAUCAUUGCAGUGAUAUCCCCCAAAGUACUGCCAUAGAUUCUUCCAACAAUCGGGAUUUAAUGCAUGAUGCACAGAAUGGUGAAGAUGUUGCUUCUCUUACUUCUUCCACUCCUGGACAUGCAUGUAGUAAUAAAUCCGACACUAGCAAAUGUGGGGAUCAGGUUCAAGGAGCUCAAGGACAUAGAGUUGGUUUCUCUUUUGCUUUUCCCAAGAAAGCAGUGGUCAAACUGGAGUCUUCAGCUGCCGUUUUCUAUGAAUAUAAUGACGAGACGUCUAUAGAGCACGGAUUUAGCAGAAGAAGCAGGUUUGUUCCAGGAGCAUGUGACAUUCAGUCUCCUUCAGUGGCAGAAAUAGUCCUGUGCCCUGAGGAGAAACAUAACUGUUUUCACCCACUGGUGGAAAAAUGCAUAGACACAGCAGAAGCUCCUAAAGCUCAGGAGUCAGAAAAGCUGGCUGAUGAAGAAAGCGGCAUGCUGGAGUCUCCUGUCUUAACUCCUGCUCCAUCCUAUUCAAAGCAACUGGUGUCCUUGGACACGGGCUAUGGCAUUGAUGUGAGUGCAGCAGAUGCAGUGGACCAAACGCUGCCCAUGGCUGUGAACAGUGCUCAGAUCCUGCCCCUGGACUGCAGCGAGUGUGAACCACAGGCAAACAGGGCUCUGGCACAGGCGGUUGUGGAGGACUGUUUAUCUUUGCAGGAUGUUGCUGAAGAAGAUGAUACAGACAGGAACAGUGAUCCAUCCAUGACUGAAACUGAAAUAAAAAGGCUGGGGGCAGAUGCAUCAGUUCCAUCGGCAUCUGAAGAAGUUAGUGGUGGAACCCUACAAAGCAAACCGGACAUGAGCAAGAGACCUUGUGAACCCUUUGUUCCUGUUCUUAGCAAACAUGGGUCAAAUAUUCUUCAGUGGCCAUCAGAAAUGUUAAUUUACACAAGUACAGACCCAUCAAUUUCUUAUAGCUGCAAUCCUUUAUAUUUUGAUUUCAAGUCAUCAAGAGCAACUGACAGCCAAGAAAAGCCCAAGCAUCAGCCAAACAUACCUCAUUUGCACCAUAAAAGUGAAUCCAACCAUAGCUUAGUCUUGGAUUUUACAAAUAAACCUACUUCAGAGUGUGGUGAUUAUGAAACAGAAAUGAAUAAAGAUGUGUGUGACUAUACAAUACCCCUUAUAAGUGAUGAUUCCCUCCUCAGAAGUUGUGAUCUUGCAAAAAAUCAAAAUAAAGUGUCCUUGGAUGAAUCAUUCAGGAUUAAAAAAAUAGAAAAGUGUCACAUUUCUAAAAAUCACUUACAACAAAACACUGUGAUAGAUGAGAAAUACAACAAAGUCUGGAUCAAAGAAAGCCAUGAAAAAUGGCUUCACAAAAGUAGAAAACGGAAAAGGAGAAGAAAAUUAUAUCAUUGUCAUCAUCAUCACUGUGGGGACACAACAGCAGCAGAAAUGGAGAUGUCCUCAGUGAGUGUAAAAGAUAUCAGUUACCGAGAUGAAAAUAAAUAUCAGCACCUCCAAAAUAAUUCAGAGAAGUGCAGAUACGAUGUGGGGAGUAUCUGGCUAGCUGCAGGUGAGCUACAGCAGUCACAUCAAAAACUUGGCACUGAAAAUGGUCAUAAGAGAGUCGUAUCUGCAUCACAUCAUGUAUAUGGGGACAGAGGCUGGUGUGAUGUUUGGAGUACAACCAACAGCCAGCACCAUGGUUGUAAGCGAUGGCACAGAAGGAGCAAAGCAAGUUCUCGGGCACAGGCAGAGCAGCUGGCUCUGAGUUCCAGGAGGCACAGCAUCAGGUGUGCUAAAACAUGUAGCUGGAAAGUCAAGAGGUCAAGCUGUAGCCCAGAGCAUAAAUGUUUCAGACACUGCAGUGUGGAAAAGAGUCUGAGUCAAAACCAGUCCGUAAAGAGAGGUUGCAAUGUUCUGACAGAAGAAACUGAGAAAUCUCACCGCAAGCGGAGACAGCAUAUCUGUUCCUCCUCAUCAGAAGAAAGCUCAUACGGACAAACAUUAUCAGCAGAAGAAUAUCCAAGGCAAGUGCGAACUAUAGGUACACAUCACAAGGCAAAAGGGAAACGGAGGAAAAGAAAAACCAGAAUCUAUCACGUAUUCCUUGACAGGAAUGCAAGGAGUGAGAACUCCAGACUUUCCAAAGAAAGUUCUGCAAAUUCUACCUUAAAUGUUUUGGGGGACCUCUUGGUUCAAGAUGGUCUAGAGGAAGUUAAUGUGGAUCCCAAAGCUGAUCAUGCAAAAGACAUGGAUGAAACGAUGCAACUGGAGGAAAGCAAGUCAUCUCUAGACACUGGCAGUUCACACGGGCUAGAACACAAUGAACCAAAGGUGUGCACAGUGAUGGAGAACACGCCGGGUAUAUUUUCUGAUGUUGUCACUGUGCCUGUUCCUGAGCACAGCACUCCAGCAGCUGCCAGCACACAGGGUGUUCUGCAAGAGGAAAAGAAGAAAGAAAGGGUCAACAGUCAUGAAAAUCAGGCUUAUAACAAACCUCCCCUCCCCAACAGACAUUUGGAACAAGCUCCUCCUAAAUCCUAUCUUUGCCAUUAUGAAUUGUCCAAGUCCCUACAACAUGAGAAAAUAAAUGAGGUGGCUGGUGAAUGGGUACAGUGUAAUCCUGGUAUAUUUAGCAGCCCACCACCCUUGCCAUUCAAGGAAGCACAUGUGAACAGUCACACUUUUUUAACUACUGAGCAGUUACUAGCCCCUUUUACCCUGCCUGAUCAAACAUUGAUAUUCCCUCCAGAUAAAUUCAAAGAUCUCCCAUCCGAGGCCUAUCAGCAGAUCAUGCCACAAAACAUGCUGACCAGCAAAGUGAAGUUCACCUUCCCUCCCACGGCAAUCCAGCCCCCGAAUUCCCCGCUGCAGCCUGUACCCCUGCAGCCGCCGCUGUGCUCUACCUCCGUCACCACCAUCCACCACACUGUCCUGCAGCAGCAUGCUACUGCUGCACUGAAGGUUCUCCAGCCCCACCAGCAGUUCCUCUCACAGGUCCCGGCUCUUACCCAAGCGCCUUUACCUCAUGUGCCAGUAGGACCAAGGCUUUGCCCGGGGGCUCACACAGCUUUUGUCACCGCACCGCACUUGCCACUGCUGCCACCCUCGGUCCUGCCGCCAAGCCCACCGGCAUUCACACCACUGCCACAUGCUGUCUUCCCGUCCCUGCUGUCCCCACACCCUGCUGUCAUCCCCCUGCAGCCCCUCUUUUAG